AUGCCCCAAGCAGCGUCAAUUGAAGGGGCUAUGCCGAGCCCACGGAGGUUACCACAAGUGCGGCGUGGAAGGCUGCCCGAACCCGGCCAAGGCUUCUCGACGCUACUGCUCACUCCACAUCCUGGAGAGCAGCAGCACCUCAGAAAGCAGUCCGUGGGCUCGGAGCUGACGCCCACGCAGCAGGACGAAGUCCUGGAGGACCUGGGCUUCUUCCUGGACAACUUCGGCUCAACGUAUGCGGUCCGUGUCACGUUGCAGCGCCGAGCAAAGAAGAAGAAGACGGCGACUUCUGCUUACCGGACGAUGAACAGGCUGGAGACGAUAACGAUGGCUGACUUGGACUUCUUCCUCCGAACCUUCGAGUCGACUCGAGCUGUGCGUGAGAAGUUGCAGAGCCAGAGACGCGAGGUUGUGGGCCUGCAACGAGCAUUGCAAUGGCUCCAGGAGCGGCGAGGGACGAUGAACGAGAGCAGCGGGCCAAGUGAGAGCCAGAACAAUAUUCAAGAGCUGCAGGUGGAGGAAAUCGACUGCAAGAAGCGUAACUGUGGCGAAAAAAUGGGAGUAAGUGGCUCAAGCGAGCCCCACGAGCAUCAAUCGACGCUGCCGUGGCACCGAGCACGCCCCAAUCGAAAAGAACCAUCGAAUUUUCGUGACGACGGAGAGUAG